UUGAUAUUGAUUAGAAUUCCAAAAGAACAAAACUAUUACGGCGAGUCAAAUAAAUCGACUAGAUCUUCACACGAGAUGGCGCUGUAUGCAGAAACAGUGAGAAGGGAAGCAGUGAUCUUGUUGAGAGGUUACAAACGUAAGCACGAGUUAUGAAUGAAAGGUUUUGUGAGUUUCUCUCCUUGAAGAUGUUAAUUCGAUUUUGUCCGCUGUUACUGAUAAUGAAAAUGUUUUGAUAAAUACUUUACUUCAAAAUGUUUGGAAACUUGAAAUGAAGGCUUUCUAUGGUGUCUUUAAAAGAUAUGAUGGCAGAAAAUGACGCCUCCAGUGCAAAGCACGUUUCUUAUAAGUCAAGGAGAAAGUCUAUCAUGGAUGGAAUAUACCACUAUGUGAGCUUUUGAAUCCGGAAAGUAUUUUGAAUGGCACAAAAUUAUGCAUUCCCGAGAAUAAUUGUUGAAAAGAACAUUCGUUAUUCCAAGAAUUGAAAAAACAAAUUUUAACGAAAAUAUGUUUUUAUAGCCCUGUUGAACGUUUGUAACUCAUAACAUUGUGGAACACGAAACAUGUUUAUGAAUGAAACAGCUGUAAUACUAUCAAAUCACUUGCUUCAAAAUUUCACGAUCAACGAUUCUUUCUUUGGAGUCGUCGAUUACCACACGGAUUUAGAAGAAGAAUCGCCGAUCUUACGUUCGACGGACACAACAACAACCCUUUCUUCCAGACCGGUUUGGAACACACGCUUAGAAGAAACAUCGGAAUAUGAAUCGACGUUUCACAACAACGUACUCGCGAUCAUUUUAGCAUUUUUCUGCCUGGCGACAAUCUUCGGUAACAUUCUUGUGAUGGUGGCAGUGGCAAGAGAGCCCUACCUCCACACGGUUACCAAUUACUUCAUAGCGUCUCUUGCCACGGCCGACUGCAUUGUCGGUGCCGUUGUGAUGCCGUUUUGUGUCGUCUUAGAAAUCAGAGACGGCUACUGGCCGUUUGGACAGGACUGGUGCGAUGUAUGGCGAUCCAUAGAUGUCUUAGCCAGUACUGCUUCGAUAUUGAAUCUCUGUGUUAUCUCGCUGGAUAGAUACUGGGCAAUCACAGACUCCAUGUCUUAUCCAAGAAAAAUGAGCCCAACGAGGGCGGCUCUAUUGAUUGUCCUUGUAUGGGUAUGUUCCUCCCUCAUUUCCUUUCCAGCAAUCGCUUGGUGGAGGGCCGUGUCAGCAGAAUCUCCGCCAGAACACCAGUGUCUCUUCACGGAGGACGUUGGCUAUCUAGUCUUUUCUUCGGCUGUCUCCUUCUACGUUCCAUUAACUGUCAUGCUCAUCACGUAUUACAGAAUUUACAGAGCAGCCAUGGAACAGAAAAGGAGCUUGAAACUCGGAACGAAGCAAAUUCACUCAAACGGUGAAUGCGCUUCGUUGACGCUGCGAAUUCACAGAGGGGGUAUUUACUCGCCGAAGUACGAAACGAACUUGACGAGUGGAACGUCGCUCCCGUCCCGACACAUAAAAACAUUCUCAUUGAGCAGGAAAAUCAGCAAACUCGCCAAAGAAAGGAAAGCUGCCAAGACGCUCGGCAUUGUGAUGGGUGUUUUCAUUUUAUGUUGGCUUCCAUUUUUCGUUACAAAUGUCUUAAUGGGCAUUUGUGGCGACAGUUGUGUGAUGAACUCAAAACUUGUCUUCUCCGUCGUGACGUGGUUGGGGUGGACAAACUCUGGAAUGAACCCCGUGAUAUACGCGUGUUGGAGCAGGGAGUUUAGAAGGGCAUUUACCAAACUUUUGUGUUCCUGCUGUCCUAGGUACAUGAGGCGAAAACGCAGAUUUCGCCAAGUUGUUCGAGAUGAAGUUUCUUUGCCACAUUUCAAUUUGCCAUCAAACCCAGUUGACGAUGUAUCCCUGUGAAAUAUUUUAUUAAACUUUUUCUUGCUUACAUGACAUAUUAAAUGUUUCUAUGAGAAUCUCA